AUGGCGAACUUCGAGCUGUUUCUUUGUAUAAUUUGGCAAUGCAUAAAGUACAAUGAUUUGCCAAUCAUUGCAUUGUUCUCUCAGAUUCUUGGACUUGAUGUCUGUGCUGAUACACUAGUUGGGGAUGCUAUGAGAAGGGGUAUCUCUGGCGGUCAAAAGAAACGACUGACUAUAGGGGAGAUGAUUAUUGGUCCCACAAAAGCUAUGUUUAUGGAUGAAAUAUCAAAUGGUUUAGAUAGCUCAACCACAUAUCAGAUUGUUGCAUGCCUUCAACAACUGGCACAUAUCACAGAUGCUACUAUACUUAUGUCACUUCUUCAGCCAGCACCAGAAACCUUUGAUCUCUUUGAUGAUAUUAUCUUGAUGGCAGAAGGUAAGAUUGUGUAUCAUGGACCCAGAAAUAAUGUCUUGGAUUUUUUUGAGAGUUGUGGGUUUAGGUGUCCCGACAGGAAAGGGGUGGCUGACUUCCUUCAGGAGGUUAUGUCUAGAAAAGAUCAAGCACAGUACUGGCACCAAACUGAACAAGGCUAUAGAUAUGUUUCUGUUGAUAUGUUAUCUAUGAAAUUUAAGGAGUCUGCUAUGGGGAAGAAGCUAGACGAGGAGCUCUCUGAGCCAUUCAUGAAGUCCCAGAGCGAUAAAAAUGCUAUUUCUUUUAGCGUUUAUUCUCUUUCUAAAUGGACACUCUUUUGCGGUUGCAUGUCAAGAGAGUUGCUUCUCAUGAGGAGGAAUUCUUUUAUAUAUAUAUUCAAAACAUCUCAGGUUAUAAUUAGUACUUAUUUAUGUCUCAAAUGCAACUUCUUUUUCCAUCUUGUGAUAAUUGCAUUUAUCACGAUGACUGUAUUCUUACGAACUAGAAUGGAGAGAGAGUUGUCCUUUUACCCAGCAUGGGCAUAUGCAAUUCCAGCUGCCAUUCUUAAGGUUCCUAUUUCUUUGCUGGAAGCUCUAGUUUGGACUUCUCUAACUUAUUAUGUUAUUGGGUACAGUCCUGAGGUUUUUCCGCCAGCUAAUGUUAUUUUUUGUUGUGCACUUGGCAUCGUUAUCCAUGUUCCGAUCUUGGAUCAGUUUCCAAACUAUGGUGCUCUACGACUGCGGCUAGUUGGUCGAUAUAUUUGU